AUGCCAGGGCACGGCAGAGACGCCAUUUCAGUUGCCUCCAGUAGGCAUGCAUCGACUACCUCUGGAAGGCGACAUUCCACGGACCCGGAGAGAUUAUCGAGCAGCAAUCACAGAACCAGAGGCAGAGAAGGCAGGAAUUCCCAGCGUAGAAGCACCAGUGUCGCCGCUGCAGCAGAUAGGGAAAGCAAUCGUGACGCUGCGCUGCGCAAGAGAACUCCCAGCACCAAGCCCAAUCAUACCACUAGUAGUAGGAAUCGAGAGUCGAGGAGAGACCGGGAAGAAAACCGAUCUCGACAGGCCAGUGCCUCCAGACGUAGUGCCAGUCGAGCCAGACGAGGAAAGAGUCGGUCCAAAACAGAUGCUGAUUCGUCCAAAAAGAGGAGCAGUCAGCCAAAGCAAGCAAACACACCCAAAGAAAAGAAAUUUUGGGGACGAAAAGACGCAGCGGCUACUCCGUUGACACCCACCCGCAAAAAGAAAGCUCCCAUUCGAAGAACAAGAUCUUAUGAAAGCAUAACUGAUUCAGGCGCUCCCAGAAAAGGAGGAAACCGAGGUAGCUGGGCGUCUCCUGCUGCCCCCCUGGUGGAUGAGAGAGGAUUACCGAUGACUUCCAUUGGUUGUGCUCCCGUCGCCUCGCUGCGGACCGUAAGCCCCAACAAUGUGGAAACCGAGGACUUUGAUGUCAUGUACGCACGAAAAUUACAAGACCGAGAGAGCUCUAGUAGGCGUUCUAACCUGGUAAAACGAAGGAGCUGCAGCAAUUUGGAUGACCGCAAUAAUCUACCGGCUGUGGAGGACGACCGCAAGAUGCCGGCCAAGAGAAGAGCCCGGUCUUGUAGACGCAAAAGCACCAGAGAGACCAAUGCCGCACUGGUCCCUUUAAAUCCAGAGGAAUCUCUGCAGCGAGGAAGACGCGGAAGCUUGAGAGGAAAAGACCCUCCGUUGGUACCCAUGAAUCCAGAGGAGUCUUCGCUUCGGCAGCGGCAAAUCUUGCCACGCGUAAACCGAAGUGAUUGCGCUGGGGAAGCAAAAAAAUUUGCCCAGAGGCUGCAGACUGUCCUUGAGGAUUGUCCUGUGGUUGCCUCCCAGAACAAACGGUUGUUGCAGCUCUUUGCUUCAGUACUUACUGACAAGGAAUUGAUAGAGCUUGCUGUGGCCAUGCUUCGAACGCAGGAUCUUUUCCGUCAGCAAGGGAAACCCACGAGGGUCGACGUGGCGUAUCACUUUUGCCGUGGCAGCAACGUUAAGCGCAUCCAACAGCAGCCGGGGUUAUGGGCCAAGAUUCAGGAGAGGGGAGUAAACAAGAGUCAAGACGGGGACGGGAUCUUCACAUUCAACAACCCGCUUUCAACCCCGGGACAAGCUGGGGCCGCAGACGAUGUCUGGAUGCUGGUUGCCAGACUUCAGGGGAAUACCUCGCCUUUUCCGUCGUCCUCUUCCGGGAGAACUCGCAGAAAAUGGAAUGGCGAAACUGAUGCUUUAGUCCGUCAAGAGGAAGGCGUGAUAGUCUUGAGGGCGUCGACCCAAUUCUUUCCCUUGAUGCAGUUUCGAUCAUUGGUGCUGAAAGACAACAAUGAUGGGUCUGGCCGUAUGAAUGGCAUUCUUGGGCAGGUUCAGGCCAUGCAUGAAAGCCUGCAGAUCCUUUUGGACGAUGUAUUCCAAGCCGGCAGACACGCAGUCGACAACUCGCCACCAGCCAGCCCCGACAGAGCGAGUGCGCCAGAGACUACCGGUGCAAAGAGGCCCGCUUCGAAGCCAGAUCAACCUUCCCAAGAAGACAAGAGAACCACGAGGCAAGGACCAACUGUAGAAAUGCAGGCUCCUCCCAUCUCCAAUCCACCCAUUGAAGCGGCGGUAUCCAGCGCACCUGAUCAACCAUUGUCAUUUCCCGAACGAGUCAAGGCGAUAUCCAACCCUGCUGCAUGGGAUGUAGCUGGCGAGGUUCAAAGUGUCGUUGAGGAACAUGCGAUGGCAGCAAAAUUUGUGGACGGCGGUUCGUCUGAGCAUCCUUUCGAGGUUCAAUCCGCAGUAUACCUGGAAGAGAUGGCUGUGUUGGCAGAAAACAUGUUCCGAACACAAGAGAAGUUUCGGCUCCAUCAAAAGUCAGCAUAUGUCAACAUUGGCUACCACUAUUGCCGCGGUCAGAAUUUGAAAAAGAUGCAACAGAAACCUGGGUUUUGGUCAAACAUACAGUCCCGUGGUUUCAGUCGAAGCGAGGAUGGCGAUGGAAUUUAUACCUUCAACAAUCCGCUUGGCGCCAGAAGUAGAGGCAACAGAGGCUUCUUUGACCCGAGGCAAUCGGUCGGCCAAGAUGACGAUGUUUGGCUGCUGGUGGCUCGCCUGCAAGGAGAAAGGCAACCCGCGCCAUCAAAUCCUAUCUCCCCGAAUGCUGCCCGUCAAUGGGGUGACACUGUUGAUUCAAUGGUCGUCGGGGGUCUCCAGUCCGAGGGCAUCGUGGUACUGAGGACCUCAAUUCAGUUUUUCCCGUUGCUUCAAUUUCCUGCCUCUGCUACCAAUUCGUCAUCCGGAAGUUACCGAGAUGAGACUAUACAGGAGCUGCAGAUGAUACACCAGAGGCUACAAAGCAUCUUGGAUAGGUUCUUUAACGACGACAGCUGUGCCACUGUACCUCGAAUCAAUGCUGUACGCCUCCCUUCGGUCCAGGAAGAAAUGUUGAAUUAUGAAGCACCCGAGACGAUGGAUGUCUCGAACAGUAUCCAGAGCUCUACUCAACAAAUAUACAAAGUGCUCUCCAACAACAAGAAAGCCAUGAAUGACGAUUGUUCCAUCUGCCUUGAUUCGCUACGCUGGACAAGCCAUCAGCAAACCGUCCGGCUGAGGAAUUGUGGUCACGAGUUCCAUCGAGCUUGCCUCCACGAGGCGUUGGAUCAUUUUGACGUUUGUCCACUGUGCAAUGUAGCAGUGACGCCACAAGCACCACAAUCUUGUCUUCAGGGGCGUCAGAAAGUGUACCACGAGAGUCCUGGGGCGACCUUCUCGAGCUCAGACUGGAAAGCUUUCCUGCCAUACAAUGAACAAGGUGUGAAGCUGCUGAGGCGGCUUCAAUACGCCUUUUUGAACGGCCUCAUUUUCACCGUGGAAUCAACGGCUUCGUUCGCAGCAUCUGCAGGGCAAACGACUUGGUCUACCAUCCCCCACAAGACUCGUAGCUCAGGAAGCACCCCAGGAGUUGACGACGAUAGGGGCUUUUUGGAUCCAACGUACUUUGACCAGUGCAAUCUUGAAUUGGAUCGUUGCGGUGUGCCAGAUCCUUUAGAAUGUGAACGAUUCGUACUCUCUAUGGGACAGGAAGAGGAUAAAGAGGCCGCUAAUAAAUCAGACGACGAGGAGUCUCACGAAUCGAUCUUUGACCAAAAGCCUUGCGCAAUGCUACAACAAAACGAACUGGAAGAUUGCACCAGAAUCUUGAAAGGACUAAAGGAACAUCCAUGUGGUUGGAUGUUCUGCAAGACACUGCCACAGCUCGUUGGGAAGGUAGAGAAUCCUUUAGAUCUGACCAUGAUUGAGCAACGGCUGGCCAGCAAUGAAUACUCGAGCGUGGAGGGGUUCCGUCACGACGUGGUCAUGUUGUUUGAUGUUGCCCUCGCCCACCACAGCAAGGAGAAUCCCGUGCACUUCAUGGCAAAGCAGCUCAAAAAGCAAUACAAGAAAGCCAUGCAACAGGGGCAAUAG